CGGCCCUAUUUAAGGGGCGGGAACGAAAUUCUGAUAUACCAGGGGCGCUUUUUGCCCAUUUGGCGCGACAGAUAUGUACGAAAGCCUUGCAGGACGUGUUAAUAGAAUAAAUAAAUUUCCUUCCUUUCGUUUUUGUGGUUAAAAUCAUUCUAUUUAAAAUAGAUUUCAUUGUAUUCAAAUUAUUAUUUUUGUACAAUCAGAAACCCAAACUGAGCAAACGCGGAGAUAAAUAGGCGUCCGGAUCCAAUUUAUUUCUAUCACUUGCUUCGUCGAAUCGAGGCCCUCGUACUAGCUCAGACACUCUCUGCAGGUCUCCGAGCUCCAUGUAGGCGUCGAAAAUUUGCGUGGCCAUAUCAUGGACCAAAAACGCAGUCCUAGCGGAUUGGACCGAGGCUGUGCAAGUGGACUGUCGUCUCCUUGAGAAGUCAGUGGAAGCAUUUUGCAAGAAUCCUACAAGUCUGGACUUACAACGUGAUCUCAGGAACCUUUUUGCCGGAAGAUCGUGUCCUUGCCGGUUGGUGAAAACUAUGUUCUGUCCAUUCAGAGGGAUCAAUAUUCAAUAGCCAGUUCUCAACAGUGGCUGCUUCUCUGAUAAAAAUGGGACGUCGUCCUCAGACAGGGCAAAGUGUCAACAAGACAAAGUUUGAACUAUUUCAAAUGAGUAGGAAGAAUGAUUGCAUCAAGAAACACAAGGAGUCAGAUAUGUCACAAAACACAGUCAAGACGUUAACUCCAGUCUACCUGAGAUCUGUCAGUAAUGAGGAUGAUGCGGUUAGGGUCUCUGAAUCUGAAGGAAGGAGAACAUUGAUGCACCUACGACCACACAAAAGGUACACACCUGUCGUUGGUUUGUCUAGGAGAGGGCUAAUGACUAGUAGGGGCCAUGCUGACAGACUUCAGAACGAGGAGGAUUCAUCACUUGUGCAGAGGGAACGUCUUUCAAAAUCAGCUGCAGUCGUAUCUUCAGAAAAGCAAGAAGAAUCACCUGUGGAGAGAAUUGUAGAAGAUGAAACACUGUCCCUGAGGAGUAAGACUGCAUCGGUUUCAGCAAGCAGUGAAAGGAGUCACCAUCUAGAAAGAAGCAGACAGCAACAAGGGAAGCAGCUUGAAGCCACACCUGUACUCCACAGGACUUGGCAGCCACCAAGUUAUAGCAGGCUCUUGCAAGCAAUGAGCAAGAAGUCAUCCGCAUUACACUGGAAUAAUGUGAUGUCUUUGCGGCCAGACAGAAAGUACACUUCAGCAUUUGCAAGACAAAGAAGAGAAACCCAGAGUGAGAAGAAAACAGGUUGUAAACUUUGUAAAGCUGAAAAAGGACACGAAUCCUCUUUUCCACUGUUAAAAUCAUUAUUAAAACUCCCUGUUAUUGAACCUACAAAGGAAAAAGUAUCUACAUCUGUUUGCACUGACAGAGAUGAUCAUGUCCAUGCAAAUACUGCCGAAACGAGCAGCACACAUAAGCAAAAGAGUUGUGCUCAGUUGAAAACAGGAAAGAAGAGAUUGCCCAAAGACAGGUUGGCUCAGCAUGGUGGAUCCAGUCACGAUUCGCAGUCAUCUCAAUGUUUGGAUGAAGGGACUCCUCAGUGCAAGGACAUGACUUCCCCAGAAUCAAGGAUCACACCAACGCCUAGUAACAAAAGCCAAAGACCAAACUCUGAAUGCAGAAAUACGGACCCACAGUGUGCAAUAGGGUUAACAUAUAACACCAAACCAGCAUCUCAUGCAAUAGAGCAGGCAUCGCCGUGGAGUGUUUCACAAAGUUUAAGAACAAAGAGAAGUUCUUUGACAUCUAUCCAGUUUCACGGGAGAUCUUCUCCAAGUCAGGAAAUAUCAUCAGUUGGCAAAGAUUUGCAGAGGAUGGACGAGAGUGCAAGCCAGGAUUCAGAAUCUGAAAAUGAACAUUUAUUUGCUUCUUCUGGCCUAUUAGAGAAACCUGACAAAACUUUUGAAAAUAAAACAGCAGAGAGUGAGAGUAUCAGUGAGUCAGAUGAAUCAUUAGGCUUACCAAAAGUCCAUGUUGACUUGAAGGGACAGCGUACCCACCAGAAAUUAAAUGUCAUUGAGGUGCCCACUCAAAGUGAAGUCACUGGUACUAGCCCUGUGGUUGUCAAUUUUGACCCAAAGAGUCUACUGACCGUUCGACCGCAUACCGGAUACCAAUCGAUGGCUGGUAAAACGAAGCUAUGCCCAUCUGAACGUAAACAUUGGCUGUUGAUCCAAAAGGGAUGCCACACCAUCUGCCAGUUGGAAGAUUAUGCCCCAAAGAUGCUGAUGGUGCUUCGUCCUUACACUGGAUAUCGGAGCGUAGUUGGUAAGCAGCAGGUGCACGAUAUCAAGUCAAAACACUGGCUCUUAGCGCAAGUGAACAGAGACCCCAAUGAUCAAGUAGUGGAGGCCAAUCCUGAGCUGUCCUGCGAGGCAGAAGAGUGUUCCUGUGACUCGCCUAAACUUGGUACCAGACUCGAUCGUCUUGUUGGAAAUAUUCUGGAUGGAACACAGCUGUCCCAAGAGUUUGUUAACCCACCUGUUAAUCUGUCCCAUGUGCCGCUCGUAAAAGCAACGGAAUCCAGUGAUCAUUUAGCUGAUGAGUCUCCCCAGAUUGCACAAGAACCUGAUCUCAAACAGCCCUCAGAACAUCAACUGGUACCCACACUUGAAGAGAAAUCCAAGUGUGAUGGUUCAGAUAGUCUCCACUAUGGUAUAUGGAAAUGGACUGAGAAAAAGUCGGCGCAAAAAUGCAGAAAAUCAGCCAGGGGUCAUCCUUGUCUUGUCAGCAGUUCUACUCAUAGAGAGACAAAAAUAGAUCAGGCUUCACAAUCAGUGCCUCAAUUGCAUGUAACAGAUGGAGCUGAACCCACUCUCAAGCCAGAAAGAAUUGUGGAAUUCUCACAGGAUAAGUGUACAAUACAGGAGGAAGCCAUUACAAACCAUACUUCAAAAUUGACAGAGCCUUGGCUCAGUGUAACACAAGCAAAUGGAACUCAAUCAGAGUUCAGUCAACCUAGUGAAAAUACAAGUGGUCAAUCAUGCAUGGCCCAAAAUGUUUCCAGUGGACAGUUGAAAGAGAAUCAUGAGUUGAAUUAUUCUGAAAGUGAUGUGCUAGGAAAUGCAAUUAAUGAGACUUGUCGGCCAAAAGAAACAGAUGUAGAUUCUACCCCAGCAGUGACUCAAGUCCAGAACAAUGUCCCAUCGUCCUCAGAUGUCUUUCAGGAAGUCGUUAGCAUCAGUGGACCAACUGUUGCAGAUUGUGAAGGCACUUGUGAAGGCCAAGUCCAGGGUACUGUCAUAGAAGAGAGACAGGAGAAAUACUCUGAAGCUGAACGCAAGCGGUCGAGGCAUCGGAGCAAAAAUCUCAAACAGAGAUGGUCCCCACGGAUAUUCAAACGACCUAAGAGACUUUUCAAACCCACUGAAAAGUUUUUAAUGCAUCAACUCAGGAAAGCAUCAAAGUCUAGAGGGAAGUCUGCAGAUGUCUUCCUGAAGCUAGUGAAAGCUGACCUGGCUAGAAAACUGAUUGAAAAGUCACCGAAGGUAGAAUUGAGAAAGAAAGCCAAAUCAGGAAAGAGACAACAUGUACAUGUAGGACAAGCAGGAAAAUUCCUUACACCUGAACAGUUACCAGGAGGUGAUCUUAAAGAACCAUAUGCAUGUAAAGGAAACAAACUUCACCCUUUGCAGAAAAUGGUGAAAUGUGAAUGUCUGCUAGUCCCUCCCACAAAACCUAAAGAUCUCCGGCAGACGCAGCAUGGAAAGGCAAGUGAAUCAAAGGAACUUGAGGAAGAGGAGGUGCUUCAGCCCAGUUUGCAAAAAGGUCCAGAGAGAAUGGCUAAAAGGGAACUCAAGAAAGUAGCUGAGCUCAGUAGUUCUGUGCCUGAAGAGACCCACCAGAGAACAGAACCUAGUAAUUUGACAGGGACAGUGCACAAACAUAUUAAAUCAAGGCACAGUUCUCCUCUGAUCAGAAAGACUUUGAGAGCCAAACAGGAGCAAGCAACCAAGAAUCAUGCAUUAAAAACAUCAAAACCUCAACCAGAUUUAGCAAAAUUGGGAGAAAAGGAGAAAGCAGAAGAGCACACUUCAUCGCCGUUCUGUAACGUCAAGAGUGGAGCCUAUGAUCAGCCUCAUGAGAGUCAUGUUUCGAGGAUAAGUCUGAGUGAAACUCGGCAAAAAGAAAAAGAUACCAGCCUUCUACACGCUGUGCCCGCUGUACAGGAAAUUGCCUCCUUUUCCGUAGAUGCCAUGGAGCUUGGCGAGGAAGUCUUCACUACCAGCAUUCAAUCCAGAAGUCAAGUUCUCACUAAUUAUACCCGUAAGACACUCAUGAUGAUGCGACCAUAUCCAGCUUAUCGAUCUGUCGCAGGCAAAUCACAGUCGCCCUGUAAAUUCAUGGGACACUGGUUGUUAAGCCAAGUCAAGGGGCGCGGCAAAGUGAAGAGAAACGAGGAACCGGAAGAUACAUGUACCUUGGAAACCUCAGAGAAUGAUGAACUCAAGCCAUUAGAGUAUCAGGGGAAACACGGUAAAAAGAGAUGGUCCCUACAAAAGGCUGAACGACCAAAGAGGCUUUUGAAACCCACUGAAAAGUCACUGAUGCAUCAACUUACUAAAGCUGCUAAGUCUAGCAGGCAGUCAACAAAGCUUCCUCUUGAAUUUGACACCACAGCACAGGCUGGUAAUUUGGAACCUAAGGUGUCUUCAAGUUCUGCUCUAUCUGUUCAGACAAGUCAGGUGCAACAGCAUGGCUGUAAGUCUGUUUUUGUACAACCUCAAGAACAAGUUACCUCUCUGCAGCCUGAUCUACCCACCACCAACCUCAAAGAUUUGGUCAUUUCUUCAGUGAAAUCUGAAGACCCAGCUAUAUUGCAAAGAUACCUAGAAGAAAUUCCUCCUGUGUCCCAACCACAGUGUCCCUCCACCAAAGGAUUGAGUAGCCGUUUCCAUUUCAGUAAAGUCGAUGGGGACACUCAUAAGCAAGCAAUUCUUGCAAAGCAAAACAGACUUCAUAAAGUUUGUCUGGAUUUACAGGUGCGUUGCUUGUCUCAUGCAAAAGUUUGUGAAGCUAAGUCACCAUCUUUGAUCCCUGACUCAGAGGUGUCAAUAUCUGAAGAAAGCCUGACUGGUGAGAAAGAUUCCAUGCAUAGCCAUGCAGAAGUUUCAUCUGGCUCUGAGUCACAAGUGGCAAAUGAAAUGGGAACAGACGAGACAUCGUAUGGCACAGAUGCUGCGACCAGCUUGCAUUGUGUAUCUCCAACAAAAUCUGAACCCAAUUCCAAAUCUGUUGAAGAAAGCAGCGUGACUUCAGAUGGAAUUCUAUGUCCAGGUUUAAUAGAAAAAGAUGAAAACGGUUCACCUGAACAACAGGAGCUUGAGGAUAAAUGUUUGUGUCGUUCCUCAACAGAAAAAGAUGCAAAUGUCAAGUCUGAUGUUGAAGAAUGCAACAAAUUUGUAGAUAUCCCAGAACAGCUUUUCUCUGCUUCAGACAAGAACAACACGGCUGCAACAGAUGAGUGUAAGAUCACUAAAGGACAACAAGUGAAACCCCACCCAAAAACCAAAAUGAGGCUCAGAAAAAAAGACAAGCACUUUCUGUUCUCCAGGCUGGGGUUUAAGAAGAACAAACGAAGAGCCUUUCACCUGGUGAACAAUGACAAGCACAGUAGAGGGCAAAACUCUCUGAAAUUGCAAACUGGUGUCGAAAAUAAAUGCCCACACAAGCGAAGGCGACGUCAGCAAAGAGCUAAUGUUUUCACGCCUUCCAAUUUAUUGCCAACAGCAGCGUCACAGAAACUCUCAUCAGCCUUGGACUCGAUCCCUGUACCCACCCCACCCACCAGAGGUAGACCAAAGAAGCGUAAGCUUCAUGUAAGUUUGGAUGAAAACUUUACUCCCGGAGAUAGCAUCUCGUCACCUCCACGUACAGGAAGAAAGAAAGAGUUGUAUCUAACACCGCAGCCAACUGCCAAUAACCCCUCAUCUUUGCAGCGCCCUCACAAGAAGAGUUCUAGAAGAACACGACUUGAGGAGAGCUUAGAUUGUGUCAGCAGUUUUUUACCGAGUCAAUCAGAUCGGAAGCAGUUUGUCUCCAGCAGAGACAACGAAAAUGAUGACCCCGAGCCACCAAUUACAAAUCGGAUCACAGAUGGCCCACCUGUUGCGUUGCUAGCCUCCAGCCCAGAACACCUGCCACCCAGCAAGAGGAUAAAACAGCUCAUCCCUGGCUACACCUGCCCGGACAAAGAAGAGUUCACUCUGGAAGAGUUCUGCAGUCUGGAGACACUUGAGGAGGCAGUAGAAAUGGCUGCUAGGGAGGCAAGGCAUGAGGAACUUAAACCUCAUCAGAGCACAUCCUCUGUGAAAAAGAUGAAAUCUAGUGAUUCCAACUUACAUAAGAACCCCUCUUCAUCAUCUAGCAAGAAGAGUCGUGCAAAACGUAGUUCUCGUUCUCCGGAAGGCUCCUACUGGGACUGCAGUGUUUGCACGUUUCGUAACAAGGCCGAAGCAUUCAAGUGUGCCAUGUGUGAUGUUCGCAAAGGCACCUCCACCAGGAAGCCCAGGCUGAAUGCACAACUGGUUGCCCAGCAACAAGCUCAACAGAACUUGACCCCGUUAACUCAUGUCAAGUCAGUCAAGACAGCAUCGCGAGGAGGUCCAGCACAGAGGAAAGUGGGGACUUCCAAGAAGCCUAGACCACGCUUGAAAAAUAUCGAUCGUAGCACAGCAAUGAGCACCACUGUGGUAGUCAACAAUGUUCCAGUCAUUAUUACAGAGUAUAAGGAGAAAUCACACACGAGAACAACAGCUGAUUCUGACGAAGCACCAGCCGACAGAACUAACGGCAAUGUCAAUGGAUUAUGAAGAGCGCCCUCCUGGUUUUUUUAAAGCGCCCGCCGUUUGAGAGACUAUCCCGCGAUGUGAAUUUUUGGUCGCCCGUGAAAUAUGCUGCAUAUUUUUGUACCACACAUUCAACCGUAGGUCUUAGAAUGGCCAUGCUGUGCUCACUUGUUUUGUCAAAUGAUGGCAUUGGAUAGAGUUCUGUACGAUCCAGGAGAAACCAACCCAGCCUCGUACGGAAGAUUUACCAGUUCAUCUUUUGAAGACGUAACUGUGGCUUGGAAAGAGACUAGCUCCCAAAGUGGGAUUACCCGUUGCAAAAAUGCAAAAUUGUAAUGUCUGAAUGUAUAUAUAAACAUUUUAACUUAACUGCUUCAGGAAAGCUUAGUGGAGAGACGUGUUUGUGAAAAAGCAAGACAUGGUUACUUGUGCAGUGCCAAGACAGUGAUCUGCCUGGGAAAUCCUUUGUGCAUAAAAAUGAGUUUGUCUGAAUGUUACAUCCUUCUCCCAUUAUGAACCAUGUAUUCUAGAAUCUAGUAUUUAACAAGUUAUGCAACAUAAUUUAUCAACACUGACUUUUGAAAGCCUGUCUUAUGGAGACUGAACAUUGACAAAGCAUUGAUUGCUUUAGUCCAGAGAAGCCCUAUCGUAAAAAGUUGUGCUUUGGAAGUUUUUUUUAGUAAUUCACAUAGAUAAAAAGGUUCACGCAUGUACAGACCACUGUUCAAACAUAACUUUGAUGAGUGAAACAAGUCAAGUUCGUUAAAGUGAAAGUUUUAAAAUAGAAAACCAUCUCAUCUGCAUUGAUUUCGUCUGUAGGGCCAAGGGGAAAGACCUGGCAUGAAUGACAAGCUUUAAUUAGAAUUGGCAGUGUUGAAAACAAGAUGGCCACUUUCUUUGUAAAAUGUAUAGUUGGAUAUUGCAGCUUAGGAGGUUACUUCCAGGGGGUUGCUUCCAGAUGUUGCAAUAGUUAGUGGCAUGUUACUCAACAGGUCACAAUAUGGGCACUUGCACACGUUGCACCUUGUAAGGAAGUUGAGGUUCAUUGCUUAAAUCAUAAGUGCAACAUGGUUUGCCUAAUUAGUAAUCUUUAUGUGAUAGCAUACAUUGAUGGUAACUUACAUGUAUUCAACGUUCAUUCACGUCCAUCAGUCUCCACUCAGACAAUUCAGGAAAGACAAAGCUCUAAUAAGAACUGAACAACUAGCAUUGGCAAUCUUUGUACACGACAGACAUUAUAGUUAACGUCCAGUCAUGGUAUAGUGCCAUGACUUCACACACACAGAUUGAUCCAUCUUUGAUCAUCAAGAUGCCACACUACCAGCCAGCAACAGUACCACAGGUUGUGUGACCUUAAUGACAGUAACCAUAAUGCACACAAAUCCUAGUGUCCGGAUCAAGGCACUGAUUGGCUUGCCAUAGAACUCCAUAGUGUCUGUGUACAGAUGCUCUAUUUUUCUUUUCGGCUACGUCCUUUUUAUUUUCAAAGGAAUGUAACUGUACUGAGAAGGGAACCCUACACUUGUGUAAAACUGCACAUUUCACUGAUAAUUACCCUCAGAAAAGAAGGAAUUAUUUUUGUGAUAAUAACUGUAAAUUUAGAGGUAAAAUUUUGAAAUAAUGUAACAAAAAAUAUGAACAUGUGUUUAUGUAGAUUGUUGUUCAUUGAUGAGAUUACUGUAAUUGAAUGACCAAGAGAACUUUUUUACUAGCAUUAAUGGGAUGAUGCCAAUUUGUCUGAAACCUCUUUACAAACAACCCAGUCCUCCAUUUUAUACAGAAUCAUAAAGUAGUAAUGUCCAGGGGCAAAGAGAAGGCGUUUUUCUGGGGGGGGGGGUGUUAGAGUCAGUUUGUCGACUUGUAACUUUUUCGUCAACCUAGUGUCAUGUAAAAUUUAUAAAGUGAUCCUUGGUACGGCCAAAGUAUAUUGUUUAUGUACCAAGUUUGGAUUGAUUUGCUGACUGGAAAUAAUUAUGCUACACCCCCGGUAGUGUCCUGUUUCAUUACAAUGACUUCAUGUGUGAACGUCCUGACAGAAAUGUUCCAUCUACUUGUAUAAGGUUGAUGAUGUUAGAAUAUUGUUCUUACCCCCAUUAAC